CAAGGAAAUCUAUCAAUUCUUCUUUUCGCCUGUGUGCAGAUCAGACGUCCGCCUUGUAUAUCUACUGGAAACUCGUCAAGGAGUCACCGGUUGCAAUCACAGAUCCUUCCGGCGGAGGAUACCGCUAUAAUGGGUGAUUUUCACCUAAGUGGACUUUAUAACAGUUUUCGUGUCCGCGGAUUUUAAUAGAAAACAACACAUCUUGACGCACGCUAGCUAACGUUAGUUCUCGCCACUGUCCUAUGGUGUUGUCUUGGUGAAAGUCUUCAAACGAGGGAUAUACAAGGAAUCUUACUUGGAGACGGUCCUAAACCGCAAACAUGUCGGGGGCGUCUGUAAAAGUUGCCGUUCGAGUUCGGCCCUUCAACUCUAGGGAGACUAGCAAAGACUCAAAAUGUAUCAUUCAAAUGCAAGGCAACACUACAACUAUUGUCAACCCCAAAGCCCCAAAGGAACCAGCAAAGACCUUCAGUUUCGAUUACUCCUACUGGUCACACACUACGCCGGAAGACCCCGGCUUUGCUUCACAGAACCUUGUGUACAAUGAUAUUGGCAAGGAAAUGCUGGCGCAUGCGUUUGAGGGCUACAACGUCUGCAUCUUUGCUUAUGGCCAGACAGGAGCUGGCAAGUCCUACACCAUGAUGGGCAGGCAGGAGGAGGGGCAGGAAGGAAUCAUUCCCAUGCUCUGUGAAGAUCUAUUUGAGAAAAUCAAUGAAGACAACAACAAAGACCAGCUCGCCUACUCGGUAGAGGUCAGUUACAUGGAGAUCUACUGUGAGCGGGUGCGAGAUUUGCUAAACCCUAAGAACAAAGCGAAUUUACGAGUGCGAGAGCAUCCUUUACUGGGUCCCUACGUGGAGGACCUGUCCAAGCUAGCUGUCACCUCCUAUACAGACAUUGCUGACCUCAUGGAUGCAGGCAACAAGGCCAGAACUGUGGCUGCCACCAACAUGAAUGAGACCAGCAGCAGGUCCCAUGCUGUGUUCACCAUCGUCUUCACACAGAAGAAACAUGACAGCGAAACAGAUAACUCAACAGAAAAGGUCAGUAAAAUUAGUCUGGUGGACUUGGCAGGGAGUGAACGAGCAGAUUCCACUGGUGCUACAGGUACCAGGCUAAAGGAGGGAGCAAACAUCAACAAAUCUCUCACCACGUUAGGAAAGGUUAUCUCUGCCUUGGCUGAAGUGGAUAACUCUACCAGCAAGAGCAAGAAGAAGAAGAAGACUGACUUCAUCCCGUACAGAGACUCUGUCCUAACAUGGCUGCUGAGGGAGAACCUUGGUGGAAACUCACGAACAGCCAUGGUAGCUGCCCUCAGUCCUGCAGACAUCAACUACGAUGAAACCCUCGGCACACUCCGCUAUGCUGACCGAGCAAAGAACAUCAAAUGUAAUGCUAUCAUCAAUGAGGAUCCCAACAAUAAGCUGGUGCGGGACCUCAAGGAUGAAGUGUCUCGACUGAAGGAACUGCUCCGUGCUCAGGGCCUGGGAGACAUCCUCGACAUUGAUCCUAUGGGGGAUGAUUGCCCAGGAAGUGGAUUCAAAUGUGACAGUUCUCAAAUCUUUAGAGUGCCACUUCUCAGUUCUCAAACUGAGGCUCCGAGUUACAGACGGAAAGACCUCAAAGACAUUCAGAACAAUAAGCAUAGAUACUUGAUAGCCUCAGAGAACCAACGCCCUGGCCAUUUCUCCACAGCCCCUAUUGGUUCCCUGACAGCUUCACCAUCCUCUGGCUCGCUGUGCAACCAGGGGGGCCUUCAGUCUGUCACCAGCAUCCAGGAGCGCAUCAUGUCCACCCCUGGAGGAGAAGAGGCAAUCGAAAGACUCAAGGAAUCAGAAAAGAUCAUUGCCGAGCUCAAUGAAACCUGGGAAGAGAAACUGCGAAAGACUGAGGCAAUUCGCAUGGAGAGGGAGGCCUUGCUUGCAGAGAUGGGUGUGGCAAUCCGUGAAGACGGAGGCACUUUGGGGGUCUUCUCUCCUAAAAAGACUCCACACCUGGUUAACCUGAAUGAGGAUCCUCUCAUGUCGGAGUGUCUGCUGUACUACAUCAAAGACGGGAUUACAAGGGUGGGGCAGGCUGAUGCUGAAAGACGACAGGACAUUGUUUUAAGUGGUGCUCAUAUCAAGGAAGAGCACUGCAUCUUCCGCAGCGAGAGGAAUGCCAAUGGAAAAGUUGUCGUCAUGCUGGUGCCCUGCGAGGGAUCAGAAACCUACGUCAACGGCAAGCGUGUUGAGGAUUCAAUCCAGCUUCGCUCAGGUAACCGUAUCAUUAUGGGAAAGAACCACGUGUUCCGGUUCAACCACCCAGAGCAGGCCCGAGCUGAAAGGGAGAAGACGCCAACUGCUGAAACCCCCGUGGAGCCGGUGGAUUGGACCUUUGCUCAGAGAGAACUUCUGGAGAAGCAGGGCAUCGACAUGAAGCAGGAGAUGGAGAAAAGGCUCACUGAGAUGGAAAUCUUGUACAAGAAGGAGAAGGAGGAAGCAGACCAGCUUCUGGAGCAACAGCGACUGGUGUACGAGAGCAAAUUGCAGGAACUUCAGAAACAGGUGGAGACUAUUUCUCUGGUAGCCGAGACACCUGAUGAAGAAGAGUUGGAUGACGAGGAGGAAGAGGAAGUGCCAUGGACUCAACACGAGUUUGAGUUGGCUCAGUGGGCUUUCAGGAAGUGGAGGUACCAUCAGUUCACCUCCCUCCGUGACCAGCUGUGGGGAAACGCCGUCUACCUGAAGGAGGCCAACGCCAUUAGUGUGGAGCUGAAGAAAAAAGUCCAGUUUCAGUUUGUCUUGCUCACAGACACUCUCUACUCUCCGCUGCCCCCUGAGCUUGUUUCGCCAGAGCCGGAGAAAGACCGUGACUCCAGGCCUUUCCCCCGCACCGUGGUGGCCGUGGAAGUUCAGGACCUGAAGAAUGGAGCCACACACUACUGGUCCCUUGAUAAACUCAAGCAGAGGCUGGAGCAGAUGAGAGAGAUGUAUGACCGUGCUGGAGAAAUGGCUUCUACAAACCAAGAGGACGGCGAAGGCUCUCUGACAGGAAAUGAUCCCUUCUAUGACCGCUUCCAUUGGUUUAAACUCGUGGGGAGCUCCCCCAUCUUCCACGGUUGUGUUAAUGAGCGGCUGGCCGACCGCACGCCCUCUCCUACCUUCUCCACCACUGACUCGGAGAUCACAGAGCUGGCGGACGAGCGCCAGAGCGAGAUGUCUGACUUGAUUGACGAUGAGGCUUUUGUGGACGACACCAGCUCAGAUGCCGGCACCGAAGAGGGCUCGGACAUCUUCAGCGACGGCCAGGAUCCCUUCUAUGACCGCUCCCCCUGGUUCAUCCUGGUGGGAAGAGCUUUCGUGUACCUGAGCAACCUGCUGUACCCUGUGCCGCUGGUGCACCGUGUUGCCAUAGUAACAGAGAAGGGCGAGGUGCGUGGUUUCCUGCGUGUGGGGGUCCAGGCUAUAGCUGCUGACGAGGAGGCCCCAGACUACGGGUCAGGAGUUAGACAGUCAGGAACCGCCAAGAUUUCCUUUGAUGACGAGUACUUCAAAAAGAAUGACUUUACCUCCACGGUUAUGACCCGCUCCGGCCUGUCCCUGGAAGAGCUGCGCAUUGUGGAGGGUCAGGGCCAGAGUUCAGAGGUCACCACACCCUCAGAGGAGCUCAACAGAAUCAAUGACAUGGACCUCAAGCUGAGUAACAUCGCUGACCCCAAGCUGAGCUGUGGUGACGGUCUGGACGGCCAGCUGGAGGUGGGCAGCAUCUUUACCUUCCGUGUUACUGUGCUCCAGGCCAGCAGUGUCCCACCGGAGUACGCAGACAUCUUCUGCCAAUUCAAUUUCCUGCAUCGUCAUGACGAGGCUUUUUCCACUGAGCCUCUGAAGAACACCGGCAAAGGAGCUCCUCUGGGCUUUUACCACGUCCAGAACGUUUCAGUUGAGGUCACAGAGUCCUUCAUUGAGUACAUCAAGACUAAGCCCAUCGUGUUUGAAGUGUUCGGCCACUACCAGCAGCACCCGCUGCAUCUUCAUGGCCAGGAACUGAUCAGUCCUCCAACACAGUCAAGGAAGUACUACCCUAUUCCCAUGCCUCUGUCUCGACCAGUUCCAGCCACCAAGUUGAACACCAUCACCAAGUCCAACCUGGGUCAGUGCGUCAGCAAGUACGACCUGCUGGUCUGGUUUGAGAUCAGCGAGCUGGAGCCCACCGGAGAGUACAUCCCAGCUGUAGUGGAUCACAGCGGAGGACUGCCCUGCAACGGGACCUACCUGCUGCACCAGGGGAUCCAGCGGAGGAUCACGGUGACUCUCAUCCAUGAGAAGGGAAGCGAGCUCCACUGGAAGGACGUUCGCGAGCUGGUCGUGGGUCGUAUCAGGAGCAAGACUGAAGUGGACGAUAGCGCUGCUGAUGCGGUCCUGUCCCUCAACAUCAUCUCUGCCAAGAACAUCAAGUCGUCCCACAACUCCAACAGGACUUUCUACCGCUUCGAGGCAGUGUGGGACAGCUCCCUUCACAACUCCCUUCUGCUGAACCGAGUCACUCCUUAUGGAGAGAAGAUCUACAUGACCCUGUCUGCAUAUCUGGAGCUGGACCAUUGCAUCCAGCCUGCUAUUAUUACCAAAGACAUCUGCAUGGUCUUCUACUCUCGAGACGCUAAGAUCUCCCCUCCCCGUUCCCUCAGGAACCUCUUCGGGAGUGGAUACUCCAAAAGCCCCGACUGCAAUCGCGUCACUGGCAUCUACGAGCUGAGCUUGUGCAAGAUGUCUGACACUGGAAGCCCAGGGAUGCAGCGGAGGAGGAGGAAGAUCCUGGACACGUCGGUGGCUUAUGUGCGUGGAGAGGAGAACCUGGCCGGCUGGAGGCCCAGAGGAGACAGCCUGAUCCUGGAGCACCAAUGGGAGCUCGAGAAAAUGGAGCAGCUGCAUGAGGUGGAGAAGACCCGUCACCUGCUCCUGCUGAGGGAGAAGCUGGGAGACGAUGCUCCAGUGGGAACAGCUCCCACCACCAAGUCCCUGAGCGAGUUGCUGUCCCCCAGCAUGAGUACAGGCAGCCUCUCCACCUCCACCUCCAUCUCCUCGCAGAUCUCCAGCACCACCUUUGAAAGCGCCAUCACGCCCAGCGAGAGCAGCGGCUACGACUCGGCCGACAUCGAGAGCCUGGUGGAUCGUGAGAAGGAGCUGGCUACCAAGUGCCUGCGCCUCCUGACACAUACCUUCAACAGUGAAUACAACCAAGUGGUGAACAGCAUCAGUGACUGCAAGCUGUCUGACAUCUCACCAAUGGGACGUGACCCAUCAGUGACGAGCUUCAGCAGCGCCACCCUCACCCCCUCCUCCACCUGCCCCUCUCUGUCCGACUCGCGCUGUGGUUCCAUGGACCAGAAGACCCCAGAGAACAGCUCCCGUGCCUCUAGUCCCUCCUGCUCGGACUAUGAAAACUUCCCGAUGGUUCCCACACUGGAAACCUCCUACCUGGCACGGGCUGGGAAGAACGAGUUCCUCAACUUGGUUCCUGAUAUUGAAGAAAUGAGGCCAGGAUCGGUAGUUUCAAAGAAAGGUAUCUUAAGCUUCAUGGAGCCGCGCUCCAACUCGUGGGUGAAGCACUUUGUGGUUGUGCGCCGGCCCUACGUCUUCAUCUACAACAGCGACAAGGACCCGGUGGAGCGGGGUGUCCUCAACCUCUCCACAGCACAGGUGGAAUAUAGUGAAGACCAGCAGGCCAUGCUCAAGACUCCCAACACGUUUGCCGUGUGCACAAAACAUCGAGGAAUCCUCCUGCAGGCCAACAACGAGAAGGACAUGAACGACUGGUUGUACGCUUUUAACCCCCUGCUCGCAGGAACAAUAAGAUCUAAGCUGGCGAGGAGGCGCAGCGGCCUAAUGAAGAACUGAGUGGGUCGACCGGCACACAGAAAGACCACGGCUUCCGUUCUUUCUGGAAAGCCUUUUGAACAUACCAAGUGUUAACACUUAUUAAUCAUUGUGAUUCUUGACAGUUUUCUCUUGUAAGUAGACUUGUGGCUUAAGUCUCCUUUCAUGUGACUAAAAGUUUCAGUUCCAGAGAAAUUUGCCUCCCCCUCACCCUCCCACAACCCUCUGCCAACUUAGCUUUCCUCCGCUCUAUUUCUCUUCCCCUCCUCCUCCUCCGCUUUUUGUGUUUUUGUUUUUAUGACAAUGUUUGGGUCUAAUUUUGUUCCGCUUCGUUGUCAUUCCCUAACUCCCUAACUAGUAGCAUGUUGUAAUAGUCUACUUGUGUGUGCACGAUUCUUCAGAAACGGUUCUUUCUGGCCACUAAUUUUCAGUUUGCCAAUCAUCUGUAAAGAAAUUGUCUCUAUCAGUGUUAUCUGUCUCCCGAGAAGAGUUUGAUUUCUAUAAUUAUUUUAUAAUAUGCCCGCAUGAUAACUUGCAGCAGUCCUCAGGAGAAGACCAGGUUUGCUUACUCAAAAUAAAUGUAAACGAAUCAGAUAACCUACGAUUGAAACCAUGAAGGGAAAAUAUAGAAAUCUCUCCAAGUGACGUAUCAGUUCACGUUCUGCUACAGAAAGCUAGGCUACUUCAAGAUCUAUUGCUGCUAAUGAAUUCAUAGGUUUUUCUUCUCUUCAUGAGAUGCAUUAGGUCGCUGUCCUCCAGCUCCCCUCUGCCGUCUCCUGAACAACCUUUAGAAGCAAAAUGUUAAGUCUGAAAAAUGUGUAUCAGCGAGACCUGAGGGCAGCGCUGGGUUCCCACUGUCAUCCGUGUGAUAUUUAGAUCCCACUCCUCAGUCUGUGCACAUUCACCUACGCCAACCCCGAUAGUGCCGUCAGCCAGCGAUUACUUACAAUCAUGCAUUUGUGUCAACAUCCAAAAUGUGUGAAGAUUAUUUCAUAUCUCAGCAGUGAAAACGUGAUGAUUGAUUGUUCCUGCGGGAGUAGAUAUUUGCCCCCUUUUGCUAUUUCAUCUUAAGAAACAGGGUUUCAAGGAGAGGAGGAGGAAGACUGACAGUGCUCUAAGGAGAGAAUAUGAUUUGUACAUACAGCCUGUUCUGGGAUCAGUGUGGUAGUUAACUCUCAUUUAAGACAUUCCUCUCAGCUCCUCAAGCUCUUUUUUCCUACACUAGCAUGUUAUAACUAUUUAGUUUAACCAUCCCAGGCGUGUGAUACCGAAGACAAAACAAAAACCUGGUGAAAUGGGAAGAAGUAAGAAUGAAGUUGCAACGCUCUAGCCUUGAUGCCAGUAGAUUACUGAUGAAGCUGCUAGCACAGCCUGCAGGACAGAUGAUGAAUAGUCUAUCCCGUGACUCCCCUCACUGUCAUGAUAGUGAAGUACUUACUGUUCAGCAGCACCACAGGUUGCCAUGUGUUCAUUUUCUAUUUGUGUUCUUGAAUUGAAGCUCAUCUAACUCAUUUGGGUUGACCUUUUUUUUUUUAUAAUUAACAUUAGGUUUAUUUUCUAUUAUGCUUUUAAUCAUUCCACAAUGAAGUUGUAAAUGAAAUGUAACAGAGGGCAUUUAUUUCUUAAGUUGUAACCAGCUUUAUUGGUGUUUAACCUUACUUUGCACAUUAACACAUAUCUAUAGCAAGACAAGGGCAGAUGACACAUGUUGAGUCCAAGAUUAUUUCUGAAUAUCAGGAAUACUGAUAAGAGCACAUAUCAAGGCUACACUGGAUAGCUGUUUAUUAGAAGGAAAGAAGUGAUAUUUAAAGGGACGACAUAUACGCAAAGGUUUUAUUUCUGAUAUUGUUUGUGGAAAUAUUUGCUCUGUACAUCGUACUACAGCUGCUACAUUUGGCUCCUAUUAAAGUAUGCCUCUGUUUCUUCAAAUGGUGACUGUGAUACACAGAUGGGCGUUAGAAGCUCUGGCCAACCAACCAGUAGUAUGCCCACUGUAUUAUAUGCUGGAGACAUUAGGGUUGAACGUGUUGGAACAGAGGCAGCCAUCGCCUGUUACAAGUAGUAGUGGAAUUAUUGGGUACAUAUCUUUAUUGUUUGCUGAUGUAAAGGCACCAAACAUUUGCGUCAGAAUGAGUGAAAAUUGCGGAGCGUCACUGCCCUCGGGUCAGCCAACCUGCUGGUCAGAAAAACAAAAACCUGCUGAGAAAACGUUUUGUCUGUUGAGGAAAAUAAUACUAAUGAAAACCCCCUCUAUGCACUGAUGAUGCCUCUAAGUGCAAGGUACCUCACACUCGAUAUGAAGGCCUGUCAGAGCAAACAUUUUCACUUCGCUGACUAAUUUGCAGAGGUGUAUUAUUUUGGAUUGUGUAUUUAUUGUUUGCAAUGUAUAUAUUAGUUUGCAGCUGUUUGCACAUAUUAAUAAAAGGUUCAACUAACUGAUCAAAUAAAGUCUGUGCGGUUUAGUUGUUCUACUCAGAGUGAACCAAAUGAUGGUGUGGCAGCCUCUUGCAGUCUGAACUGGGAGAGCGUUGAAUGUACUAUGAAGUUUUUUUCCAUCGUUUGAAAAUGUAAAAAAAGGUAAAGAAGAGAACUAAAAUGUAACCCACUGCAUCUUCCUCAGGGGAGGUGAGUUACUUUAGUGCUUCCUCUUUAUUAGAACGGGGUUUGAGUGAAAGUCUGCUUUUUGAUUUUAAGAAUAUUUACUCACUACUCAACCUAGCGAGCCACUUGAAUUAUAACAAAACAAGGGUGGUUUUUAACUCAUUUUAUUUUUUUCUAAUAUCAGGGAAUAUAAUACAAAGUAGCUAGUGACAUCUAAAAUGACAGUAUACUAUUGUUGUGCUGGUGUCUUUCUUCACCUCAACACUCUUUUUUUUUUUUUUUUUUUUCCGUUGAUGCCUUUCAAAACAAAACUAGCCAUGAUAUUUCCCAUCUUCCCCUCUGACAAUUAGUAUUACUUAACUAGGUUCCCUUUGGAUUUGUUCACCAAAAGAAAAAAAGACAAACCACGACAUUAACACUGUACAUUAUUUGUCAGACUGGUUUCAUUUUCAUACUUAUUUUGUAAAUAUCUGUGUUGUAUGGAGCUUGAAUUAAAAUGUAAAUAUGUUUACUGUAUUUGUAAUAAUUAUAAUCCAUUCGCUGUAUAGCAUAGAUGUGUCAUGCAGAUAUCCUAAUUCUGUGUAUGGUAAUCUUGCACCAUUGAACUGUUUAGUGAAUGAGGCAACAAUAAAAGUGCAAACUGUGCAUUAGCAGAACAAGU